UGUUCAUCUGUUGGAGAGUAUGAGCGAGAUGGAGAAACAUCGACAGAGCAGAAUACAUGAAUUGAUUCAAACGGAGCAAGCCUAUGUAGAUGACAUGCAGCUGGCAGUUGAGGUGUUCCAGAAACCCAUGUUAGAGUCUCAGAUUAUGACCCCCAGGAGAUGGCUGCUGUCUUUGUCAAUUGGAAGGAACUCAUUCAGUGCAAUACAAAACUACUCAAAGCUCUCAGGGUGAGGAAGAAGAUGAGUGGUGAGAACCAACCCGUCCAUAUGAUAGGAGAUAUCUUGUGUGAACAGCUCCCUCGCAUGACGCCCUACAUCCGUUUCUGCAGCUGUCAGCUGAGUGCGUCCAGCAUGCUCUCAAAGAAGAUAGAAAGUGACCCAGACUUCAAAGAGCAUGUCAAGAAACUAGCCACGGACACCCGGACUAAAGGUAUGCCAGUGAGCAGUUACCUGAUCAAACCCAUGCAGCGUAUUACAAGAUAUCCGCUUCUUACACAGAAGAUUUUGAAAUACACACCAGAAAUGCACGCCGACUACGCCAACAUCAAGACGGCAUGUGAGAAAGCGGAGGAGUUAUGUCAACAGGUCAAUGAGGGAGUUAGAGAGAAGGAGAACUCAGACAGACUGGAAUGGCUGCAGAAUCACGUAGACUGCACCGGACUAGCAGAGGAACUGAUUUUCAACUCGCUCACUAACUGCCUAGGCCCAAGGAAAUAUCUCCACUCAGGGAAACUCAAUAAGGCAAAGAGUAACAAGGAGCUGUUUGUCUUUCUCUUCAACGACUUCCUCCUCUUCACGCAACCCAUCAAGUCUGGUCUACCUAUGCCUUUCACAACGACUGAUAACAAGAACGUCAUGGAAUACAAGAUGUACAAGCAUCCUCUAUUCUUGAAUGAAGUGGAGCUGAAGAUUCCCAGUGAUGCAGCAGCAGAUGACUUUAUCUUUCACAUCAAUCACAUAGACAAGGUCUAUGCUCUGAGAUCAGAGAGUAACAACGACAGGAAUCGCUGGAAGGACAGGAUAGAAAAGGCUUCCAAACACUACAUUGAAACUGAGAAGAAGAAAAGAGAAAAACUUCAAAGAGCUCGGUCUCAAAGAAGUAAAGGUGUAGGACGUCUCAUGGUUGUCAUCAUAGAGGGAUACGACUUGAAACCGUCCAAUUCAGUCACAGGUCGCGCUGACCCUACUGUGAGGUCAGCAUGGGGUCACAGGAGCACAAGACCAAGGUGGUACCUGAUAACCUGAACCCAAUCUGGGAUUCCUCCAUGCAGUUCAUAGUGAGGGAUCUGGAGCAGGACGUACUCUGUAUCACCGUCUAUGAUAGGGACUUCUUCUCUCCCAAUGAUUUCUUGGGAAGGACUGAGGUGAGAGUAGCAGACAUCCUGAAAGAGACCCAGGGAAGGGGACCGAUGACCAAGAGCCUCUUACUCCAUGAGGUGUCAACGGGUGAGGUCAAG